ACAGAUGUUUAUGGCAAUGUUUGGAUAGUGCUUUGAGUCAAGGUGCUUUGAGCAGUGCGUACACAAAGAAGAAAUGAAUUGAAGGUUUUUCUGUGUCGGCUAUGGUUUCUUGCAAACCAAUUAAAAGCUCUAUCACGUGAGCUUCCAAUGAAACAGAGAAUUGGCCCGAAUUGUGGCUAUUACAAUUUCUCGUGAAAAACUGAAGAAAAUAAACAUGUGGCGGUGCAUAUCAACUGCGAAACUUAAGUCGUUUGUCACCGAAGUUCGACCACCGGGAAAGAUGUUUCAGCAGAAAAGGGAAAACUUCCCACCUGUGAUGUUCCUUCGACAAACUCGACAUAAUGUUUCAACAGUUGAAACACGAUUUCGUAAAGCACAGGAUGGCAAUAAAAAACUGAAACCAUUUGCAUGGUUUUUGUUGCUCGUGCCGAUAACAACAUUUGCACUUGGAACAUGGCAAGUGAAACGCCGGAAGUGGAAGUUGGAUCUUAUUGCAGAUCUUGAGAGUAGAACAAAGCAGGCCCCAUAUGAUCUUCCUGAAGACCUUUCUGAGCUGGAGAAGAUGGAAUAUUAUCCUGUGCGAGUGAAGGGCAGGUUCGAUCACUCACAUGAGCUGUAUUUGGGGCCUCGAUCACUUAUUGUGGAUGGAGAUGCAGCAAAUCAAGGUAGUCUUAUGUCACAAAAUACCAAAGGACAGUCUGGAGGAUACUGUGUGGUGACACCUUUCAUACUGAGUGACAGAAAUUCCACAAUUCUAGUGAACCGUGGAUGGGUUUCCAGUAAACAGAAAAAUCCAGGAGCCAGAGAAGCUGGUCAGAUAGAAGGAGAACUGGAGCUUACUGGACUUGUCAGGCUAAGUGAAAAAAGAGCUCCUUUCAUGCCUGCCAAUAAACCAGAUGCAUGGUUCUACAGAGAUGUGGAAACAAUGGCAGAAGUACUUCAUACAGAUCCAAUAUUCAUUGAUGCCUCUGCAGAAAGCAGUGUUCCUGGUGGCCCACAAGGAGGACAGACAAGGGUCACGUUAAGAAAUGAGCAUCUUUCCUACAUACUAACUUGGUAUGGCCUUAGUGCAGCAACUGCUAUCAUAUGGUUUCGAACAUUCAUUCAUAAGACGGGAAAAUAUUAAUUUGCCACUAACAACCAAGUGUUUAUGCCUACAUGUGACAGUUCUGCUGCAAUAAUAGUGCCUUCAGUUUUAGGUAUGCUUAAUAAAAAUGAACAAACAGCAUUUA